UAACUUUUGUAUAUUCAUUGCUAAGCAGGGUGACUUUGGUCUUUUCAGCCUUCAUGAUUGGAAUCCAAUGACACUCGUAGCUUCAUUGAAGUUUCCUUGAUAAAGACUGCAUUUAACUAGCUCUUUGCAGACUUUUGCUACCACUAUCCACACUUGGCUUCAGAUCUCAUCCAAGCAAAACCAGUCCCCGAUAUUGUUUCCUUUUCAACUUUUGCAUUUCUGAAAAUGGCUGAGGCUUUACUUGGAGCUGUGUUUGAGAAAUUGCUCUCCCUAGCUCAGAAUGAAUUUGCAACCAUGUCUGGAAUCCAGGGAAAGGCUAAGAAGCUAUCAAACACUCUUGAACUGAUCAAGGCUGUUGUUGAAGAUGCUGAGGAGAAACAGAUAACAAACAAACCUAUAAAGGUUUGGCUGCAGCAGCUCAAAGAUGCUGUGUACAUCCUAGAUGAUAUCCUUGAUGAAUGUUCCAUAGAAUCACUUCGACUUAAAGGAUUGUCCUCUUUAAAACCGAAGAGCAUCAAAUUUCGCUAUGAGAUUGGCAACAAGCUGAAAGAGAUUUCUAGGAGAUUUGAUGAGAUUGCUGACCAGAAGAACAAGUAUGUUCUGCAAGAGGUUGUCAGGGAAAGGUCAACUGAUGUAGCUGAAUGGCGCCAAACCAGCUCGAUAAUUCCCCAAGCUAAACUAUAUGGAAGAGAAGAUGAUAAGGAGAAGAUUGUGAAGUUUCUUCUCAGCCAAGCACGCGAGUAUGACUUCCUCUCCAUCUAUCCUAUUGUCGGCUUAGGAGGCAUGGGAAAAACAACACUUGCUCAAAUGGUCUACAAUGAUGAUCAGGUAACAAGCAAUUUCAACAUCAAAGUUUGGAUUUGUGUUUCUGAAAAUUUCUCUGUCCAGAGGAUUUUGUGCUCCAUCAUAGAAUCUAUUACAAAAGCAAAACAUGAUUGCUUGAAUUUAGAUGUAACAGAAAGAAAGGUGCAAGAAUUGUUGCAAGGUAAAAGAUAUUUUCUAGUUUUGGAUGACGUGUGGAGGAAAAAUGAAGAAAUGAAAUUUGGUUUAACCCAAGACAAAUGGAAUAAGCUGAAAUGUGUGUUGUCAUGUGCAUCCAAAGGAGCUUCUAUUUUAGUAUCCACUCGUGAUAUGAAGGUUGCAGCAAUUAUGGGAACGUGCCAAGCUCAUCAUUUGUGCGGUCUCUCAGAGGAUGAAUGUUGGAUGCUCUUCAAACAAUAUGCAUUUGGAACUGAAAAAGAAGAGCGUGCAGAGCUGGUACCUAUUGGAAAAGAGAUAGUAAAGAAGUGCGGAGGAUCACCUCUUGCAGCACAAGCACUAGGAGGUCUCUUGUUCUCAAGGUCUGAGGAAAAGGAAUGGCUUGAAGUUAUGGAAAGUGGGCUUUGGAAUUUAGAAGGUGAAAAUUCUAUUUUGGCUGCCUUGAGAUUGAGCUACUUUCAUUUAACGCCAACAUUAAGGCAGUGUUUUGCAUUUUGUGCCAUAUUUCCCAAAGAUACAGAAAUCAUGAAGGAAGAUUUGAUACAUCUUUGGAUGGCUAAUGGGUUUAUUUCAUCUAGGGCAAACUUGGAGGUUGAAGAUGUUGGCAAUAUGAUUUGGAAUGAAUUGUAUCAAAAAUCAUUCUUUCAAGAUAUGAAGUUGGUUGAUUAUUCAGAUGUUAUUCAUUUCAAGAUGCAUGAUCUUGUCCAUGAUCUUGCUCUUUCAAUAAUGGGGCAAGAGUGCAUGGUUUUGGGAAACACAAACAUGACAGAUUUGUCAACAAGCACCCACCAUGUUAGCUUUGACUCUGGUAUGGAUGUAUUGUCACUCCACAAAAGUGCCUUGAAGAAAGUUGAAUCCUUGAGAACAUUUUACCAGUUAAAAGUCUCCAACAGCGUUUCUGGUUGCAUCCCAAUACACUGCAGCACUCUUCGGGUAUUACGCACAAGUUCUUUUAAUUUAUCACCACUCAAGAAUUUAAUUCAUUUGAGGUAUUUGGAACUUUUCCGCCUUGAGAUGGAAACCUUGCCCGACUCAAUUUAUAGCUUGCAGAAAUUGGAAAUCUUGAAAUUGAGAUCUUUGACAAAACUUGUUUGUCUACCUAAAGGCUUGACCUGCUUACAGGAUCUUAGACAUCUUGUCAUUGAAGAUUGUUAUUCAUUGUCUUGUAUGUUCCCUAACAUUGGGAAAUUAUCCCGUCUGAGAACGUUAAGUAAGUACAUUGUCAGUUCAGAGAUUGGGCAUAGCCUGGCAGAAUUACAUGACUUAAAACUCAGAGGAAAUUUGCACAUUGAAGGACUAGAAAAUGUUGGCAGUUUAUCCGAAGCUCAAGAGGCCAACUUGAUGGGUAAAAAAGACAUCCACAAAUUACAGUUGAUAUGGGACAAGGAGGUCCACUCAAAGUCAUAUGCUACUAAUCCGGAGCUAGUACUUAAUGCUCUUCAACCUCACUCAAAUCUCAAGAAUUUGAAAAUAGAAUACUCUGCAGGAUUACAAUUACCGACCUGGAUGGAAAUGCUCACCAAUUUAGUUUCUCUUGAUCUUUAUGGAUGCGAGAUGUGUGUGCGGCUUCCCUCACUUGGUAAACUACCAUAUCUAAGAAGAAUUAAAAUAAGUGAAAUGAAUGAUGUGCAGUACAUGGAUGAUGACGAAUCUUAUGAUGGUGCGGAGGUGAAAGCUUUCCCGUCAUUAGAAGAACUCUCACUAUCAGGAUGCUCAAAGUUAGAGCGGUUGUUGAAAGUGGAAAGAGGAGAGAAUUUCCCCUGUCUUUCUAAUUUGAUAAUUGAGAAUUGCCCUAAACUUGAGUUGCCAAGCUGCUGCAUUCCGUCACUCAAAAGGCUCAAUCUAUUUGAUUAUACGAAUGAGAUACUGAGGUCCCUCUCAGGUUUCAAUGGCCUUACCUCCCUUCGGCUUUACGCUGGCGAUGUAGACCUGACAUCCUUCCCGGUGGGAACAUUGACUUGUCUUCAGACUCUGGGGAUAUCUAGUUCCGAGGUAUUGAAGGAAUUACCAAAUGAACUCUUCAAGAACCUCAACAAUUUGGACCAUCUGCAAAUCGAUUAUUGUAGAAAGCUGGAGUCUUUACCAGAGCAAGGGUGGGAAGGUCUCCGCUCCCUUCGAACUCUGGAGAUUUCAGGAUGUGGUGAAUUGAAAUCCUUGCGGGAUGGUGUUCGACACCUCACUUCACUCCAGCUUUUGACCAUCCGUUAUUGUAGCAAGCUGGAGUCUUUACCAGAGCAAGGGUGGGAAGGUCUCCGCUCCCUUCGAACUCUGCAGAUUUGGGAUUGUGGUGAAUUGAAAUCCUUGCCGGAUGGUGUUCGACACCUCACUUCACUAGAGGUUUUGAAAAUUUACGACUGCCCAGCAUUAGCCGAGAGGUGUAAAGAGGGAACAGGGGAGGAUUGGGACAAGAUAGCGCACGUUCCCAAAGUACAAAUUUUCGUUGGCACUUCAAGUCUUCAACAGAUGUGAAAGUAAUCAUGGAUGGUUUUUCAGUUCCUGGAAUUAGCCGAAUGGUGUCCAACACCUCACUUCACUCCAGCUUUUGAGAAUUCAGGACUGCCCAACAUUAGCUGAGAGGUGUAAGGAGGGAACAGAGGUGGAUUCGGACAAGAUAGCGCACGUUCCCAAAGUUGAAUUCUGCAACGCGUAAUUUUGCCUAAUGGGGGAGAACUUGAACAACAAUUUGGGUACUCUGCUAUUUCUGAUUCUAUUUUUGGUUAAUACAUAUCAGAUGUCUUUGAUCUUCCUUUUGGAGACUGGAUUCCCUGACCAACUCUCAAUCGAGUGCUCAAAAGAACCCUUCAAAUGGAGAGGCAGCCAACCCAGGGAGAGAAGCUUUCGGCCAUAAAAGCAAACUGUCAAGUUGAGCUUUCUCUAGAUGAAUGUGUGAUGAUUCUCAGUCAUAAGAGAGAAUUCCACAGGCUCCCUUGAAGACCUUAUAGAUAUUGCUUCUAAGUAUGAAGAUGAUGAAUCCACAGUUCCUCGCUGAAACACCAGAUUCUAAUUCCAUGCACCACCAUUCAGGCACAGAUGAUAGUUUAAAAGAUAAAUUAUUUACCAUGUUCCUUUUAAUAUUUUGGUUGUAUUGAUUUCACCAUUUGGUUCCUCACUGAAUGUGAUUAGUGGAUGUUUGGAAAUACAAUAUAUUUUUCACAUUGGGGUGAGAUUGUGAGAACUUAAUAGUUGACUGACUCUAACAUAAAUCUGUCUCUGAUCUCUCUGCUCA